CGAAAUUGUCUCAGCCUCGGAGGGAAACCGAGACGUUUGAAGAAUUAAUGAUGCCUCCGGGAACACGGAAACAUGCAGAAGGAGGUCUGAAAGUUCAACACAAGCUUACCGACCAAGCGGUAUGACGAAAGGUGUCUGACGAAGCGCGACAUCCGCGUGUGCAAUUGAGGCGGACAAUCGAUACCGAAACGCGAGAAUUCUUAAAUUAUUCGCAACGAUACGCGUACAAAGCUUUGAGGCACUUGACGCUUAAUAAAGAUUUGAAUUUCAAGUCCGAAAUGUGGGAGGAGACGCCGGAGAAAUCGCGCGUAGCUUCCACCGACGGAUCGAUAGUAGAUACAGACGGCGCGAAGUCAGACGCGAGCGAAAGUCCCGCCGAAUCCCACUCGCGCAGCCCGGAAUUCCCUUCGUCCCGCGACGUGCGAGAAAAAUUGCGACCAAUGUGGGGGGGUGGCAGUAUUGAGGAGAAAGCUUUCAAGUACAAGCUCCUGGGCUCGGCUUCCGGCAAUUCGUCGAUGAUACCCGCGAAAUCGCUGGCCAAGUCCGCGCUCAGCACGAAAUUCGCCAGAUACGAGAGCCGGAAGAGCCGCCAGUCGGCGCGCGUCUUGGACGCUCUGCCGAAAGUGUCGUGCUUUCGGCGCCGGAACCGUGACAGAUGCUUAUCCUGCAUGCACAAGUCCCCGCGAAGGUCGAACGAAGCCGAGGAUGCCCGCUCGCGAGCGGCGGCGUUGUUGACGGAAAUUGAAACGAAAGACGACAGCGAGUCGUCCAGUUCCGGCGGACUUUCGGGAUUUCAAGAGGAACUGCGGGCGAUAUUGCAGUCCCGGCGGAAGGACAUUCCGAGAUACCCCGAGAAAGUGGAGGAUGUAUCGGACAAAACGACACUCCCGUCUCGUCAAGUGGAACCAGAAGGAACCGCGAUCUCGACGAAGGUCGAUGCGAGUCAAUUGAAAGGUAAAACGCCGCAAGCCGCCGCUGAGGACUCGUUAACCAAAGUCCCGAAGAGCAUGAAAGCUAUCCCCAGUUUGAUCUCGAUAUCGUCGGAACGAUCGAAGAUCUCGUCGUCGGAGACCCACACCUCCGACGAGGAACCGUCGUCCCCGCUCGCGCUGGCCGACGACCCGUCGCGGUACAAGAACAUGGCGCCCUGUCACUUGCCCACGGUCCUGUCGCACAGCAUGGAGCCGUUGCGGGCCUUGAGGCACAGGAAGCCGACCACCAUGGAGUCGCGGAUCGCCCUCAUGGAGAGCGCGACGUCGGCGAAGGAGAAGUCCGACGACGAGUAUUACGAGGACGCGAAGGUCGAGAGCGCGGCCAUGCCGCGAGCGAAGUCGCAAGCUCGGCCGAGAAUGGCCGUCGAAGGGCCCGAAAAAAUCCUCGCCGGCGAGGAGGCCGCGCCCUUGAGAGGGGACUCGAGAGCUCUGCUGAGAGUUAAGUCGGAGGAACAGCUGAGCCCGCCAAUUGUAGAAUCUGCGCGAAAAGACGAGCUGAAGCGAGGAUACAGUUGCGCGAGCAUCGAGGUUUUACGGAAGGAUUCUACGAGAGGUACGUUUGAGAUUCUUCGUGGUGAAGCGGCAGGUCGGCGAAGGGAGGCGAUCUCUCUGGAGAAGGUAGACUCCGCGAAAGAGUCGGCGGCUCCUUCCGGCUCGCCAGCGGAGCAGGAGGAGGAGAGACGCGCGGCACUGCCGUUGUCGACGAUCGCCGAAAUUUCGCGAUUUCUGCAGGAAGCAAUUCGAGGGGGCGAAUCGCCGGCAAGCGCGCUGGAAACGCUCGCGAACGAGUUCUCCUCGCGGCUGAUAAAGCAACACGACGCCGGCACGACGACGACGACGGCGGCGGCAAUAAGGCGCGCUAAAUUAGCCGCGAGAUUAACGAAGUUGCUGGCGGACUCGAAGCGUUAUUCGAGCCCCGAUAAGUUCCCGUCUGACCUCGUUUUCUCCGCGAAACAGCCGCCCAUUUGCAAUUCCCGUCUGCUAAGACGCGCUCUGCCGGCCGAUUCCUACAAUCUUGUCGCACCGUUAUUGGGCAUGCCGAUCUUGUGCCCCGCGAAAGUCCCGCGAAAGGAGAAGGGCUUACGUAUGGUGUCCUACAAGGAGGAGGAGGAGGAGGAGGAGCAGGAGGAAGAGGAGGAACGGGCGGACGGCAAAAUUCCCUUCGACUUGGUGGUACAUCCCCCGACGAGCAAAGACAUCUCCCGCGGCAAAGCUGAAGCAGAUCAGAUCAGGUCGAAUCCCUAUGCUCUCUUUUUGAGGAAGCCGCGGCGCAAGGUUGUCACUUGGCGGCCUUUAACGGCGGAAGACCUCAAAGGCUACGAUCCCGAGGCUACCCUCGAAAUGAGAGCCAGAAAUAUUACGGACAGGAUAUGCCGUGACUUCUGCGAGUGGCUGCGCGAUUUAGGCGGCACCGACAAACUCAUCGACGAGGACGUCCUCCGAGAUAUGUUCGAGAUUGAAUUUACGGCCGAGGCCAGUAGAACGAUGCAGAUGUCGAUGAAGGAAAUGCCGAUGGUGCCCGGCGCGGUAGCCGCAGCGAGACAAUGUCACGACGCUGCCGAGCUCGCCAUGACCAGGAAGCACCUGAUUAGAGACGCUGAAGCGGAGACUAAGCCGGCCAAAACAAUGGCGUUCGGCACCAUGAUACCCUGGCAACGUCAAUUUGUACCGCCCGGAAAUCGCGUGGAAGAGCUGUGGCUGCGCUGCGAAAAUGUCAUGCUGGACCUCGAGACGAUGGAUGUGGUUUGGGACGGCAUAACGCACCUAGAGAGCGUCGGGUCUUUCGUCAAGUGGCUUCACGAGCAUUCGAAGGUCUCGCUGCUGGACGCGCUGAUGAGCGCAAAGGACGCGGAUGCUUGGAAACGGCCGGUCGAGGAGCAGUCCUUCGUGCAUGUGGGACAGCACGUCGGAUAAAUGAAGUACUUUGGAAGCCAAUCGCGCCCAAGUUCGCGGCGACCCCUCGGUCGUUCGACGCACAAUCAACGCGGGAAAGAAAUUGCCCAUCGACACUCGGAAAGCCGCUAUUCUACACCGGAGCGCGCGUCUACACGUCUACGCGCCAAAUACGUCCGUGUAACCGAUACGACCGCACGAUGACACGACGCAGGACGCCCAUUUCCUGUAUGCGGCGAAUGGUUAACCUCCGUAGCCGCCGUGGAUGCUUCAAUUGCGAACAAUUCCCGGCGAAAUUUCGACAAACGUUCAAUUACGCCGCCUAAUUCUCGGCUAAUGACCGUCGCGUUUAGCGCCCCGUAGCGCCGACGUAACGCAGAUAGAAAUCAAGUUCCCCCAUCGGGUUUCGCACCUCGCGAAUCAAAAUGUACCGAUUAUUAAAAGGCGCGAACGGCCCAUCAUUCCUGAUUCGAGGGGUGUGUAGAUUCGAUUAGUAGUCCGAUUACACGGUCUGAAUUAAUCCAUUCGCAACGCGCGCGCGCCAUGCACCUACCGGCGCACCGUAUUACGCUGCAUUAAUUAUCGAUCACUCAAGUCUCAUUGCAUUGAACUCCAUUAAGCGAGCGCGAUUAAUGUUAAUAAUAGUAACAUUAAUUAUGAUAAUAGUCUAUGAUUGUUGUUGCGUCGAUGAUAACAUUCUGUUAUCAGUGUGCGUGGAUAACGGAUAAACCGUUAGAUAUAAGUGCUCUAUCGCGCUGUCGACGGGAGCCGAGUCGAAAUUUGGCUUCUUCAUUAACCCUGCAAAUUCCGUCGAACUUGAACAACCAAUGGAGAAUCUCGAGAUAUAACACUUUACAGGCUAUUGACCCAGCUUGAUGAAGCAGGAUGGCCGCUUACUGUUGUUUUCUCCACGCUGAGACUUGAAGAGGGAGAAACUUGUGCCGAAAUGAUUAUGUAUUAUUCGAUUACCUUAAUAAUACCUCCUACCUUCAUUCGAUCCUCUCCCCGCCCCAUCUACCUCUAUUUUUAAUGUCAAUAAGAAAUUUAGUUAUUUGUUAAUUAUAUAACCUAUUUAAACACGUCCGCGAAUUAUUACAAUUAUUACAAUUAUUACUUAUUUAUCGAGGUUUAUCUAAACUUUCGACCUUUCGAACCUUUCCUACCUUGGUUUUUCACAUUUUCGAAAUUUUGCGAACUUCCGACCGACGGAGUGAAUGGCACUGCAAGCGCAAAUAAUAAUAACGCUGGAUCGUACGAAAAGAUUCAAAUGGAAGGCGGAGAACAAAAAGCUGCUAGUACCUACAGCUGAACCAUAGAGCCAACGAUCUCGCAUCGACGAGUUGUCUAGCGAAAUAACGCAAACGAGCCGAUGAAAUAUUGGAAACGUAUCACAGAUGCCGGAUGUCCUGACAGUGUCUGCUUACGACAGAAAAUGCGCCUUAGACCCGCGGCAGCGGGAAGAAAAAAGCGAAGCCCGCGCCUCGUUUGCGACGUAUCUUGCCGCUGUUGCUGCUGCCGCCAUAAUUCCCUUCUCGCGUUUCUCUCGCCCGCCGAACGCCGCGUGGCUCGCAUUAAAUCGCGUCAACGGGCGAAGGCUCGUAAUAGCAGCGAGCCGCGGUAACAACGCCGGCUAGAAUCGCUACCGGUUUCGUUUCGGCCGUUUCGGUCGAAGCGAUAGCCGGCGAGAGGGGAAGAAAGGAUCGCGGAUUCGGCGAGAAACGGUACACGGCACAAGUUCGCCGCGUGCGUAUCCGGCUGCGAAUCCGGCUCCUCUCUGUUUGCCUUUAAUAUUUGUCGAACCUUUUUUCUGCAUGCGUUUUCCAGCGCACAAAAGCAUGAAGCAUUAUUCGCGCGCCGGCAUUUCACACGCGAGCGUUCGCGCGCGACUCACUGAAUAUUUGCCCGCUCCGUGGUCCUUAGGAACGGCGGAACAAUACGCGAUUAGCUCGUUUUCGCACACGUGAAGACGCUCCGGCGCUCCCUUCGCCAAAUGAAAUUCCAAAGCGCGUCUUCCAACCUUGAUGCUGACGCGACUCCCAUUGGCAGAGGUCAAGGAAUUAAAUACACGACAUGUAUCUUUCUCUCAACGCUUGCCUCUACAUUUCAUUUAACCCUUUAAGA